AUGGCGGGGUUUUUGCCACUGUUUGCCUCCCUCUGGGUUACUGCUGCCGGCACCAUCUGUGGCACGGACACCGCCUGCCAAUUGAACAUGGCCACGCAGUUCGCGCCGGUUUUGCGAUUGGACAAAGCCACCAUCACGGAGGCGAGAUGCCUGCCGGGACAUCCUGAGACGGUUUACUGGCAGCGGAAGCAAAACAACACGGACAUCAUCUGCGAGUCGGACAUCACCAAGCUGGAGCAAGGUGAGGUGCCCAUGUUCUACCAAUACGAAGAAUGUGCAAACGCCUCCAUCGCCAUCCAUUACCACAUCUGGUACAGCCAUCAGCCGGCCUGUCUCCAGAUCGACUUGGGCCCUGUCCAUGAUGAAGAGUACGGCGCGCACAAGGGCGACUGGGAGACGGUGGGCGUGUAUAUCAGGAGCGACCGCGUGGAACGGGUUCGGUUCCAUCAGCACAGCGGCUCCUACACCAGAGCCCGAGGAAGCUUCGAGCUCGUCGAAGACACGGAGCAUCCCGUCGUCUACGUGGGGUCGGACAGCCACGGUUCCUACCACGACCAGGGUGGCGCCGGGAACUGCGCGUACUUCCAGGAUUAUCGCCGCUGGGAGGACCAGAGCCUGAAACUGGAGGGGUGGAAGUUCCUCCUCGCGGUCCGGAAUGAGAGCGACAACCUUCCAGAAUGGUUCAAAGCCGACCGGAUCUUCUUCGACGGCUAUUCGGCACCAGGCAACCUGAACCAUUAUGGCUGCUUCAGCGAGAUGUGCGAUGGCAAGGACGACUACAUCUCCGUUGCCGGAACGUGUGCAGGGAAAACCUGUGGCUGCUGGAAGAGUCAUUGGUGUGACGACGUGGUGUUUGGUGACCCCAGGGAUCCAGAGCCUUGUGACCAGUCUCUGCUCAACGACGUCAUGGACAAGGGAAAG